CACAGAGCCCAACAUGAACGAUAGUGCCAGCAAGGCUCACACCUGCAUUAGCUCUGGACUGAUGUUGGAAGCCAUGUGCCCAUUCCCAGCAUCUAGAGCAGCCUGGAGCCAUGCCCUGUCCUCAUGCUCACCCCAUGCUGUCAUAAUUUCUACUUCCUUAUCCUCUACCUUGAAGUCUGCCCUUACGUUUGCCCUUGGACUUUGGUACGUGGCCUCCUUCAGGCCUUCCCUCCCACAGCCCCAGACCUGAUCCAUUUCUGCCGUUGGCCUGAGGCUCCCAAGCUGGGCGGAGUUGCUCCCUGUCCCUCUGAACGCCUUCAUCCCCAGCCGUGCCUCGCUGCACGGCCUCAUAUCCCUUGGCUGCCCCACACUCCUCGAGCAGCCUCCCUGAGCAGCCAUUUUACAGACCAGCUGCAGGCACACAGGGAGAGCAACAACCUCAACUUCAUUCCAUUCCAAUAUGCUUUAUUUUGUUCUGGUUAAAUGCCUGGAAAACAUCUCACUGCUCUUGCCCCGAAUACACGUGGGUUGUGCAAGAUCCUUGUAAAAAGCGAUGUGAGUUACAGAACCAAAUGGCCGCCCCCGACAGAGGCACCGUGCCUAUUUCCUACCGCCUUUAUGCCGGCCUGUCACAGCUCUCUUUGCCCUCGGUUCUCCCAGGAGCGCAGUGGGGUAAUUUACCUCCGCCACCACCGAUCAAACAGGGAAGAGGAAAUAACGACAGUGCCCACUAUAACAAGAAGCAAGCCCGCCCAGCUCUCCCCAUGCCGCACAACGCAGGGCGCCGGGCUCCCGCCGGCUAGCGGCCACCAUCCAGGCGCUCCCCGCCCGCAGCGGCACCGCCCCCCGCGCCUGCGCACGGCCCUGAUCCGGGGUUAGGGCUGGGGAAGCUGCGUCGCCCUCGGAGCCUCCGGGCCUGUCAUUCCCCGGUGCCUGGUGCAGCCUGGCCCGGCCCGCCGAGCAGAAAUGGGAAAAUCUCUUUCUCAUCUACCAAUACAUACGUGUAAGGAAGAUGGCUAUGAUGGAGGUACAGUGUCGGAUAAUAUGAGGAAUGGGUUAGUUCACUCAGAAUCACACGGUGAGGAUGGCAGAUGUGGGGAUGUGUCACAGUUUCCAUACGUGGAAUUCACAGGAAGGGAUAGUGUCACUUGUCCUACCUGCCAGGGAACGGGAAGAAUUCCACGAGGGCAGGAAAACCAGCUGGUAGCAUUAAUUCCAUACAGUGAUCAGAGACUAAGGCCAAGAAGAACAAAACUCUACGUGACUGCUUCUGUAAUUGUAUGUCUCCUACUUUCUGGACUGGCUGUAUUUUUCUUAUUUCCUCGCUCAGUCGAUGUUGAAUACAUUGGUGUGAAGUCAGUUUAUGUCAACUAUGAACAGAGCAGACGUAUAAUAUAUUUAAAUAUUACGAACACACUAAAUAUAACAAACAACAACUAUUAUUCUGUUGAAGUAGCAAACAUCACAGCCCAAGUUCAGUUUUCAAAAACAGUUAUUGGCAAAGCACGGCUAAACAACAUCACAAACAUUGGUCCUCUGGAUAUGAAACAGAUUGACUAUAUGGUGCCCACAGUCAUACAAGAUGAAAUGAGCUACAUGUUUGACUUCUGUACUUUAGCAUCAAUCAAAGUGCAUAACAUAGUAGUGAUGAUGCAAGUGACGGUGACAACCUCUUACUUUGGCCAUUCUGAGCAAAUAUCCCGAGAGAAAUACCAGUAUGUGGACUGUGGAGGAAACACAACCUACCAGCUGGGCCAGUCAGAAUAUUUAAAUGUACUUCAGCCUCCUCAGUAAAAGCACCUGUUCAUUAGUGUGGAAUGACUGCUCUUGAUGCUUGCAGAAAUCCUUUAAAUAGGACUGGUACUUUGUAAAGGAGAGAACGUGUGCAUGUUAUGCAAAGGAAACAUGGUGGCCUGUUCACUUUAAUUGCAAGGAGGGAGAAGUUUCAAAAUGUAUAUAAAUGCACUUGUUAAAUGUUGUGUUUUUCCCCUUCUGUUUGCUUUCUGUUACUGUAAACACUUCUGUCAAGUUGUGUGGUUGGAGGGAGAGGGGGAAUUACAGAUUCUUGAGCUGAACUGGGACCUUGCUUUUACAGUGUGGUUUAUCAAUUUAGAGUAAUUGUGUGUAUUUGUCUGUUUAGGUGAAAUGUGUCACUAAUGAACAUUUUAGAAGAAUUGAUACUCAUGGCUUCUAAGUUUAUAUUUUCAGUUCUUGAUAUUUGACUCUUGAAACUUGCAGUAUAACUACUUAAGUAACAAGAUUGCUAUGAGGGACCUGGGUGUGAAACUAAUAUUAGUAAACCAGUGGCAAUAUUUCUUUGGUUGGGAUUCUACUUUUUGCUAUGUUUGAUCAGAAGUGAUAUACGGUCUGUGAAAGCCAGGAAAGCUCUCAUGGAGGACACUAUACUUGAAUGUACAACUCUUAGAAUCUUAUUUAUAUUGCCCCCUGCCAUCUCUGGGAUGUUAUAAGGAGAAUGUAUGUUGCCAGGUUUAAAACAAGGUUUAAUAAAAAGAAAUUCUUCCUGCCAAAUCAUUGCUGACAAAGGAAAAAUUCAAGACUGGAAAGUGAAGGAGUUAAGACUUCAACAGUGUCAUUCCAUUCUUUUGUUUUUCAAUUAAACUUUCGAGUAUGACUAGUAAGAUCAGAAUUGUGUAGUUAGAAACUAAGUGGAAAACUGGGCAUGGGUUUGGGCAGUUAGAUGUAAAUCUUUAGCAUUUUUAUUGCUUUAUUUUCUAUCUAAGCUCCUUGUCAGUGCUAAUACCUUGGGGUGUGUGUAUUUAGUGCACAGGCUUGGAAAGCAAUGCAGUAGCUACCUGAAUCUCCUGAGUACUCAUAGUUCACAUCAGUUGUGUGGGUUAGGAUAAAGCAACUCCUUCUGAAAGAAUAAAUGUUAACAUAGAACGAAACUAAUACAAAAUAGUUUAAUUGGUUUAGUUUGCACAAUAAGAAUUUCUGGGAUUUCUAUCAAACAUGGUAAUUGUAAAUUUCAGGUUUGAAGUUGCUUGACUUCUGAAAACUGACUGUUCUAAGGGCAAGGUGCAAAACUUUUUAGUUAACUAGGUUGGGAUUCUUUUAAUUCUGAAUUAGGUGAAGCUUCAAGAAAAUUCUAUUGAUGUUGUAAUGAAUACUAAAUCUUUGAAAUGCUGUAGUUUUUAUGCUGCCCAUCUCCUGGAAAUAAGCUAUAUAAAAUGAUUUAGCAAUAAACACUAUGGAAAAAAGCUACAGAGUAACAACUUGCAACCAAUCAUCCUUUAUGCUGCAGUAAUUUGGUGAAGUUAUGUGUCUGUAUUAUUCUUCAUCAGUGUUCUUCAGAUGGACCUAAAGGUGGUAGUGGGGAAAAAUAUCAGGCAACUCUGAUAGAUAGAUAGAUUAUUUUUUUUUUUUUAAGGGGGAGGAAAAAAAGUAUAUAAAAAAAUCUCUGAAUGCAGUGAGCACUUAUCCUGAAUGCCUAUGAAAAAUUUGACUAUUAUAUUGGAACAUAAACUGUCAGUUUCCUGUAGUUUCUGAUAGGAUUGAAAAAUUGAGUUUUGGUUUAGGAGAACUUCAGUACUGGAAUAAUUGAUUCUGAUGACUAACUUUACUUACAUUUUGAAAGUUAUUCUUGUAUCUAGGCACUUAAAAAUCUCCAUUAUGUCUUAAUCACAAGACAGACAAGUUCACAACUGGCUCUCCUGGUCUUUCUAGACUUGUAGAUCAGGUUCAGUCGUGGAUGAUACAACAUGUGCAGAAGUUGAUCUGACAGUCUGAAAAGAUAGAGCUGAUAAGACUAGAAGGAAGCUGGCUAGAAGCAGAGAAAUAACAUCUAGUGUCUUAUGUGAUAUGGAAGGAUUCACUUCUGUUGGAGCAUAUGCGAAGAAAUCUGUUUUAAACCAUGUUGUAUUUGAAGUCAACCAGUAAGCAGUAUUUUUUCCCUCUGUGUCCAAGUAUUUAAGCCUCAAGUUUGUUGUAUUUAUUUUUUUCUUUUUCAUUCUGAUGUAGAAGAAAACAGCCCUAGGCAGAUAUAUAUAUUUUUUUUGUACCAGUUUAAACCAAAAUUUUAUUCGAAGGAGAAAAAGUAAUCUAAAAUAACUGGAAUGGUGCGAUGAUGUACUUAUUUGGUCACAGUAGGUAGCAGAUGCUGCUUGAACGACUGUUUUUAGGGAUUUUAUGCUUGCUUAUGUGGUAUUGUGACACAACUCAGACUGACAUUUAGAAGUUUGGCAGACAUGCUGAGCAAAAUGCGUAAUUAAUCUGUGAAUCUCCCACUGCUUAAAAUGCUCUGUUAUCUACUUUAAAAUAAAAUGUGGUGAGUGAGAUUAUCCCUCCACAUCCAUGGAAAGAAUAAAAUAUUAUUUUUAAUAACUGCUUAUCACCUGGGAUACCUAAUGGGUAUAAAUUUUAACACUAUUAAUUUGUGGUGGGAUUACUGAGUAACUAAGAUUUCUUACCUGAAAGUAGAAUCUGGUAGUAUUGGUGAAUUUUCAAAUUAAGUAAUUUACAGGAGCAUUAAAAGCAUGUUACUUUGUGCUUGCAAUAACUGUCAGCAUGUAAUUAACCAAACAAAGUUUUGUAAACAAGCUAUGGUUCAAAUGAAAGACUUCUUAUAACCUCAUUUACUUCUAUUGAUUUUUGUUUUGUAACAGAUGAGAGCCUUAUGCUCUACUGUAGUUCAAAUAGUACAACUUCUAAAUUCUUUUCAGAAAUUCAGAUUGAAGAACCGUUGUCUUUCCUGAUUUGUCUUCAUCUGUGUAAGAGGUUUUCUGAUGGAUUAACUUAUUUAUUUUUCUGAAAUGAUGAGUAUUUCACUUGUAACUUUCCCUUAAUCUUAGAAUAUGAUCAAAUGCCUACACGACAACAUUGUAUUGUUUUAUUUCAAGGAAUUUAUUUCUGGUAUUCUGUUCACUUGAACUGUUUCUUCCUGUAGUAAUUCCUUUAGCAAAACCUAUUGCACUUUAAAAUAAAGCUCUUCUAGUUAUCUGUUGAAACAGUGGUUCAGGUACUGUAGUGCAAUGGCAUAAUCCAAAACAAAAACCUUAAUGUGUUCCAUACACAAUAGGCAUAAAAUUUCAAAAUUCGAAGUUAAACUAUUAUGAAACACUUAAAUGAGUAAGAAUGUUAGCUGAUUUGCUGCACUGACCCACAGAACAAAAUUAGAUUUAAAUAUGAUGCUUU